GGGGAAGCAAGCGCGACGGUCGAGAAGCCGAGAUCGUCAACAACCUCUUCAGAAGCUAGCUCAAGCCGACAACGACCAACAAUCGAGCUUCAAACCAUUUAAUCCUUUAGUUUUAUCCGAACGAGCGCUCACAUCUCGAAGCCUGCCAUGUCCGACGAACACAACCACCUCGCCGAGUCCGGCGUGACAUUGCACUCCGACAGCGAACUAUACUCUGCAGGCGAUGAUCUCUCUUCACCUCCAUCGUCAAACUCACCCGUCAUCCUCUACAAGCCCCCAACAGUGUGGUCGUUGAUACGAGGAGCUGCUAUCAACCUCCUACUACCUUUUGUCAACGGCAUGAUGCUUGGAUUUGGAGAGCUCUUCGCUCAUGAAGCUGCCUUCAGGCUGGGAUGGGGAGGUACAAAGGUCUUCCCCCUCUCGCGAAGAAGAGUUCACCCUAUCGGACCUGGUAUCGAGCUUCGAGAAAAGUCAUAUGCUCCUCGCCCUUCGCUGGACGAUUUGGCAAGCCUGGAGUAAACUGUCGGAAACCCUUCACCUUAAGGAUUUUAUCCAUUACGCCCAAGACACACUCAUCGCUAUGAAUCAUCUACGAAAGAGCCGGGACGGAUGAAUGCAUAUCAUGUUAAAUAAUUUGAGAUUAUAUAUUAGACAGGAACAUGGAUUGUGGCGUUUCGUUGCACCGGUGGUUCAAAAUGUAAAAAUCACUCAUUCGAACGCAGCGACGUCAAUUACAACCACUCGAAUCAUUCUCGCAACUCUAAUCCUCCCCAAUUGACUCGUCACAGGCCGAGGCCUAAUGACAAGGUCAUUCGGCGAUCAUCGGCGACGGACUAUCGCGAACCCGACAUUUACCCGCCA